GCCCAGUAGACCACAUCUCCGCAUGUAGAUACAUCGUCAUGAUGCACUCCUCUGCGCCAGAUACCAUUCUCUCAAAGGAUAGUCUUACCUCCAGUCCGGUCCCAGGCCCUCUUCCUGAAGCACACCCUUAUCCUUCUUCUGCUAUUUCCAGGGGUAAAUGUGACUACAAUGCAGACCACAGUGUAAUAAAAAAAGGGUCCGCUGUGAACUCGCAGCAACAUCCAGCAUGGUUCAGGGCCAUUGUCGAUAUCAAGGACAAUAGAGAUCGAGCUGAACGCGAUGCAUACACCAGACUGAAGAUCAAACCUGCUUCUGUGGGCAACUUGGUGUGGUAUUCAACGACGUUAGAUCCAAAGACAGCAGUACGUAUCCAUAAACAAAGGCACGUGCAUCAUAUCAAAUACGUAAUACCAGACUUAUCUGUUCAAAUGUAUGGACGAGUACAAAAGUAUCCUCCGAACUGGGGAUUAGACAGGAUUGAUCAGAGAAAUGACAGGCUCGAUGGCCUCUAUCAUUAUCCUGCCAGUGCCGGACAGAAUGUCACUAUCUAUAUCAUUGAUACCGGGGUCAAUAUUGAGCACAAGGAUUUCGAGGGACGAGCACAGCAUGGACCAACCUUCGUACCAGGCACAGACGACCAAUCAGACAGGAAUGGGCACGGAACCUUUGUCGCCGCAGUUGCCGCAGGAACAACAUUUGGCGUGGCUAAAAAGGCUCGAGUUGUGUCCUUGAAGGCUUUAGAUAAUGCUGGCUCUGGGAGGCUUUCAAACGUUCUUUCUGCGAUUGAAUGGGUUGUCAAACAGCAUCUAUCACAAGGAGCAAGUGCUCGAUCAGUCAUAAACCUGUCAUUAGGCGCCGAAUAUAAUGAACUUACCAAUAUAGCCAUUCAAGAAGCUAUGAAGCUUGGUAUACAUUUCUCAAUCGCAGCCGGAAAUGAUAGUAAGGACGCAUGCCAAUUCUCACCAGCAUCUACACCUGGGGCUGUAACAGUUGGUGCAACGGACCAAGAUGACACAGUUGCUCAUUUUUCUAAUUGGGGCCCAUGUGUUGCUAUUUAUGCACCGGGUACGAAUAUUCUCUCGGCCUGGACUGGGUCUAAUUCUGCCAAUCAUGUUCAAAGUGGAACAUCAAUGGCCUCUCCUCAUGUCGCUGGUUUGAUGGCUUUACUCCUUUCAGAAUCACCUAAGGAUAACAUCCCCGUUAGGACACUGGCAAAAAUGAUUUUGAAGUCAGGGACAAGUUUCAGCCUAAACGGUCAAUCGACUGUUGCUGGCACGAGACUCUCUCACAAUUCGUCUUUGUCACCAUCAAUUUUAUCAGAGAUUACAGAAUAUGAUACUCUGAAAUUCCAUGGGAAAGUCCUUGCAAGGAAACUUCUAUAUGUUGACUCAAUGACUCCUAAUGGAAGCAAUAGCACGGAUAUUGAGGACCCACCAAUGACCAUUGUUUCUUUUGCACCAACAAAGUUAGCAAGUCAUCAGUUAUUCAAAAAUAUACUCUUAGGACUAAUUUGCUUAUUCAUCUGUGCUCUCUGAUUAUAGGCC